AAGAGGGCCAGACUGAGCUCCACAGCAGCAACAAUUUUGUAUUACAUAUCAUCAGGUCCGCUCUGGAUGUACAUGCAUACGUUUCUGUUUUUCUGUAAUUCAUUUUUGUGGCUUUUUUUCCCAAUUCAUUCUCAUAAGUAGUGGGGUUUCGCUGUGAAAAGGUUAUAUUUUUCUGUUCAAUGGUUAAUGUAAGUGAUAUUCGGUAUUCACGGAACCUGUUUGAUGAAAUGCCUGUGAGAGAAAGCAAAUGACUGGUUUGAAUAUGGCAUGGACUCUUGGUCUCUGGCAUCAUGCUUGUUCUAGGGAAUUAUGGGGAUUCAAUUAAAACCUUGUAUCCAGAAAUGGGAUGUCUGCAAAAUUUAUAGAGCUAAAAAGGUGACUGUGAUUCUGUGAAGGAUAAGUUGGCACAGGAAAACCCUAGUUAUUUUUGUUAUCAUUGUUAUUCCCUUUUUUAUUGUGAGGAUGAAUGACCCUUUGUUUUUGUAUGAUUGAAUCUCAGGAAAAAGAAUUCACUUGCAUAAUUGUGUUCAGUUAGGAAGAUGGUUAUUCCCCCACCUGUAAGGCCACCAAGAAUUACCAAGUUCCUUAAGCUAUAUGUCCUGAAGAUGCACUUCACAAACAAGUAUGUUAGUGCCCAAGUGAUCCAUGCACCAACUGCCACUGUGGCUUCGUCUGCAAGCUCACAAGAGAAAGCCUUAAGAUCAAGUAUGGGAUCUACUGGAGAUGUUGCAGCAGCUGCCAAGAUUGGGAAGAUACUUGGGGAGCGAUUGCUGCUCAAAAAAGUGCCGGCCAUUUCUGUUUUCUUAAUGCGAGAGCAAAAAUAUCAUGGGAAAGUGAAGGCUGUCAUUGAUUCUUUGAGAGAAGCAGGUGUCAAGUUGCUUUAAUUUUGAAAAAUGGGAGAAAAUUCUCGGUAAAUUGAUUUCUUAGCAGUCUUUGUUCUUAAAAGAUUACAUUGGUAAAAUCCUUGAAAACAUACUUUGCUGGUUGUGUGUUUUUGUUGCUGUGGCUGUUCACUGUGAUCAGUGGUCAUAAUCUUGUCUUAGUAUUGUUGAUGGUCCUACUGCUCAAUGCAGGUCACUGAAACAUCCUUUUCUUCUUUUAUCCUGUUGUUGUACUAUUGCAAGUUGCAAGUGUUAAUAGGAUAAAAUUUGAAUGGAUUU